AUGGACAUGCAAGGUGACGACAAAACUUUGUCUAAGAAGUUGAUGGAGGCUGCUCUGGCUGUAUUUGGGAAGUCCAAUGUGGUGGAAAGCAUCAGAUUGCAAGCAAUAGUGGAAAACUUCCGAUCUUUGUCCAAACAAAGAAUGCAACCAGUUGUCAAUAUGAUUGAGCCAAGCCUGCCAGACCCCUUUAUUAGAGCUGGAAUUAAUGCGACAACUAUGAAUCCAGAUUUUGGGGAAGAAGUUGUGGCUGAGCUCAAGGAACUGGAGACAGAUAUUCGAUAUUUUGAUUUAAAAGAGAUUAUUUUAGGACCGGAACAAAUAUUGGAACAGAGGAUAUAA